AUGCCCGAGUACAACCCCGAGGCAUAUAGCGGACGGGCGCGAGCCGAGACAGCCUCGACGGUCAGUACCGCGGUACCGCCGAAGGUAGAGGACAGUGACUUCAUGCUCGAUCUUGGUGGUGAUCUAAGUAAUAUGCUCAGCAAGUUCGAUAAACGUUCCAGUGUUGCGACAUUCAAGGAACGCAACCUGACGGGGAAUCGAGCCAGUCAACCUGCUCCCCUUCGCAUUGGUCACUCUGCCCCAGUCGAGCCCUCACCGCAUUCGUUGAACAGCCAAAACUCCAAUGAUGGUCUUUUGGAGUCUGCACGGAUGUACUCGUCUCCCCCCGUUGUCAGUCCUAUGGAGCGUCUGCCUCCACCAGUUCCGAGACAUGACAGCCCUACUGGUCCCCGAGCAUCCGAGGACGAUCAGGAGGACACCAUCCUCUUGAGCGAUUCCCUUGCGGCGACCCAAUAUCUUUCCAGCAGUGCAGGGACAAGUGGUGCUACCUUUAUUCCGCAUGAUACUCGCGGGCCGAGUUAUAAAUCUGGGGUGCAUGAGUCGCAUGGCAAGGCUUCUCGCUUUGGCCCCAAGCCUGAAGACGAUAAUCUGUUCGAGACGUCAUUUGGACGUCCAUCACGCGUCGUCCCUCGGAUCGGCGGCCACUCAAACAGCCAGCCGCAUAACAAGGUUAUGACGCCCGCCGAGUUUGAGAAGUAUCGUCGAGACAAGGCUCAGGAAGAGAGGAUGGGCCUGGUGGAUGCCGACGGAUCGGACAAGGAGGAAGAUGAGGAAAACUAUGAUGACGAGGAAGACGAUCUGGAAAAGUCGAAGCAAGCUGCGACCCAGAGGCGAAGGCAGGAGGCACACAUGUCGGUAUACCGACAACAGAUGAUGAAGGUUACGGGCGAAUCCAGUACCAACCGACAAUCCCGACCUGGCAUCUCUGUGUCAAUGAGCACACCAAACUUGCCAUCCAGCAACGUUCCAGGGAAAGGCCUUUCUCCAUCACCGCCCUCAGAUGGUUCUGAAGAGGAUGAGGAAAUUCCCCUAGCCAUCCUUGCCGCGCAUGGCUUUCCUAGCAGAAAUCGGCCGCCGACUCGUCUCAGCGGUUUCCCGUCCAAUCCCAAUCUACGGGCCUCGAUGCAACCAUCUUACACUGCGGGCCCUGGGUCCGUAGCAGGUGAUAGUAACGUCCAGGGCGGUUCCGGAGGUCGUCUCCCGCCGUUUGCGAGGAAGCUACCUCAAGACCCGUAUCUUGGUGCUGGUCUUAUCAACCAACCUCCUCGAGAAUCUUUCGCCCUCGGAGGUGGCGCGCCAGCUCAAGGUAGAGCAACGUCAACUGGAGGAUUGGUCGGAGUCAUCGCAGACGAGGAACGCUCAAGGGCGAUGAGACGAGGAAGUCCCGCAGUCAACGCGGUCAACAACGCCAAUACUGCUCUUCCGCCCAAUAUGCAAAUGAACGGGGUGCCAAUGAACGGAGCGUUCGAUUCCGCGCAUGGGAUUCCGCCUCAGAUGAUGUACCCGAUGGGCAUGCAACAUAUGCCUGGUCCUAUGCUGACACCUGGAGAUCAAGCACAGAUCCAAAUGACGCAGCAGAUGCAGCAGUUUAUGCAAAUGCAAAUGCAGUUCAUGGAGAUGAUGACCUCGCAAGGGCAAAGUCCAGGACUUGCGCCUCCACGACCUCAGGGACACAUGCCAACCCAGUCUAUGGGGGCUUUCGGUGAUGGGACGCGCAACUCCUUUCUGGGAGAUACCCUGGGGAGCAUGGGUGGUGGCAUGAGCCUUGAAGUACCCCGACCCGAUUCUCAGGCGAGAACGAUGAGUAUGAUACAGCCGAGCUCGGCCUCCUGGAUUCAGCAUCAACCUCAACCCGGUUACGCACCUUCAAGACAUGCGCAAGGCAUGGGAUAUGCCCCAUCCAUUGCUCCAUCGGAACGAAGCAACAUUGGGCUACCCGGGCGAUACCGGCCAGUCUCUAGUAUCAACCCACUCGAGCAAUCUGGCCGGACGUCUACCAUGUCAGGAGCGAUGCCACACCUCCAAUCAGGCCGGACGUCUACCAUGUCAGGAGCGUUGCCACAGCUCCAAUCAAAACUCCAAACCCAAUCGAAGGUGUCAUCUGUCAACAGAGAAGAUGACGAUGACGACGAAGAGGGUUGGGAAGCAAUGAAGGCGAAGCGUGAAAAGAAGAAGAGCAUGUGGCGGUCAAAGAAGAAUUACGGGUCUGAUAUUGGGGCUCUUAUCAGUUAA